AUGAGUCGAUUCAAAGGCUGCGUUGCCAUCAUCAACACACGCAGCGGGGCGAGGGAGGGGGCCUCGGUGUUUGCGAGCGCUCUUCAACGGUACCUUGACAGGGCAGGCAUCAGUCACCAGGAUGUACGCGUGCCGGGGAGAGACAUUUUGCACUCCAUCAAGUUGCACGCGGAUGUGGCAGAUGCCAUCGUUGUCUGUGGCGGCGACGGCACUUUGAGUUCUGUGGCGAAUGCAUUGGCGGCCGCGCGUCACGAGCUGCUUCUUAAAGUGCCAAUUGUGCCCGUGCCAUGUGGGCUUCAGAACUCCAUCGCGACGUCCCUUGGUGUGCUUUCGGCGGAGCGGUCAGUGUCUGCUUUUGUGCUGGGGCGUGUGGAGCCUAUUCCUCUUUGGGAGUUGCGUGUGAAUGGAAGAUUUUUGCGGUAUUUUGUUUCUUAUAUUUCAAUAGGCGCCUAUGCCAUGUGUGUUCGGCAUCUUCAUUAUUUGGAUGCUGUUGGAGAGAACUACGUGGCUCUUCCUACUGUACGAAAUAAAUAUAAGUUGGGAGCCUUUUACACGGCGAUGCGAAAUGAGGUUGUUCCAUGUACUACCGUCAUGACGGUGAGUAAUUCCCGUGUGGAGGUGGAGGCAUCGAUGAAACUUUUUGUUGCCUCACAGAUGCCGUUGCAACACAAACGCUAUUCUCUCACACCGAAUGCAACUUUUAAACACGGUACUUUGGGCGUAACAUACGCCACUGAAGAGGCAUCAAGGUUUCGGCUUUGGCAUUUGUUGAGCCGAGAAGCCGCAGAGGGUGCAAUCAUAAAUGAGGACGGUGUUUGUGAGUGUCUUUGCGUCUCAGAGCUGGAUUUAUUUAUAAAGGACGUUCCUAGUAUUGCUGAAGGCGGUGUUUCCCCAGGCGCUCUCUUGAUGGCCGACGGGGAGGGGGUUCAUUUAGCUUCAGGUUCAACGGUGUCGGUACGGCGAGCGCCUUUUCAGGCUUUUUUUGCCUCUUGUUGA